ACAUCACAAUGACAGAAGUGAGGAGGAGGUGGGGAGAUGAGGAGACUGCAUCUGAGAAAGUGAAAAGGAAAAGGUUGGAAUGGUUGGGACACCUAGCUAGGAUGCCAGACCAUAGAAUACCAAACUCAACCUUAUUUGAGGUGGAAUGGUAUGAUGAGGCUGUGAGAUCGAGAGCGGGCUGGAGUACAUUGUGUCGUGAUGGUUUGGAACGUUGGAGAGAGAGAAUGGGACAUAAGAGUGAUAAAGCAAGACACAAGUGUAUGGAAGAAAGAAGGAAACCUAUAAGGGAACAACAGGGUGCAAUUCAAUGUUCAAAUUGUUUGAAAUGGUUCAGAAGUAAAGGAGGAUUGACAGUUCACAGAUGUGUAGAAUUCUAGCAAUCACA